CUGGAAACAUAGUUUUCAGAAUAAAGGUGCUACUACUGUACAGAGUAGUUGGCUGUAGCAUUGGAUCUUAUGCGAUUUGACCGUACACACUCAAUUUGUAAUGUAGAGUACUCGCGAAUAGGCCCCAGCCGGCAGCCCCUCAAUUAAGGGUGCCUUACUCUUGCUCCAAGGAAUAAAUCCGUUUCUUGCACCCUCGCCUAAGCCUCUAUACUCCGUCAGACUCUGCCACCGUCAGCUGUGGCGAUGGCUUCUAGUCCUAGUAGCAGCGCAAUGCAGCCCAGUCCACCGGCCAUGCACCCCGAACUGCUCAUGGCGGCAUGUCAUGGCGUGCACACUCAGCUGGCCAACCUUCUGAAUAGCGACGUCAAUGCACUAGUCCAGGUCCAGCAUCCGACUACUGAAGCCGGCGGCGGCAGCGUCGUCGUCGUCGUCGACGAUGUUGACAACCCCGCCUCUGCCGCGUCGACGUUCCUCCUGCAAGGUCUCACCCCUCACGGGGACUCUGCGCUCCACGUAGCCGCAACCUUCGGAGACGGCGACGAAUACCUGAAGAGCGCCAAGGUGAUCUACGGCAACGGCGGCAGACACCUCUUGGGCGCGCACAACAACGAGGGGAACACGCCCUUCCACUGCGCCGCCAGGGCCGCCAACACCACCGUGCUCACUCUUCUCAUCGAUCUGGCUAGAGGCGAGGAAGCUACCGGCGCCGGCGGGGAUGAUGCGGCAGCUGGCCGGAUGAGGGUGGAGACACUCCUGAGGAUGCAGAACAAGCUUGGGGAGACAGCCUUGCACGGGGCCAUCCGCGCCGCCCACAUGCCCACCGUGGACGCGCUGCUGACCGCGGACCCAUGCUUGGCUCGCGUCCCGGACACCGGCACUUCGCCCUUGUUCCUGGCUGUCUCGCUCCAUCACUACGGCAUCGCACGAAAGCUCUACGCAAGAGACAACCGGCUGUCUUGCUCCGGACCGGAUGGCAAAAAUGCUUUGCACGCCGCAGUUCUUCGAAGCAAAGAGAUGACAGAGCUAUUGUUGGGUUGGAACAAGGAGCUUACCAAACAGCGAGACCAGCAUGGAAACACGCCUCUGCAUUUUGCCGUAUCAUUGGAAAGUGGCGCUCGUGGUUUGCUUCCACAAUAUGCCGUGCCUGUGGAAAACAGAACCGGCAUUACAACUUUUCUAAACAUAAAGGAACCAGCAUUGGACCUUACCAAGAAAAUGCUGGAAGCGGAUCCAUAUUCAGCAUUUCAAGCGGACAACAACGGGUGGUUCCCCAUACAUGUGGCUGCAUCUGCAGGUAGGCUCUCAGCCGUCGCCAUUUUAGUCACAAUGUGUCCCGGUUGUGCUGGAUUGCGCGACAUUGAUGGGAGAACUUUUCUUCAUGUUGCCGUCAAGAAGAGGAGAUAUGAUAUAGUUGCGUAUGCCUGCCAGAAGGUAUCAUCAUCAGUUUUGAACAAGCAAGACAACGAAGGGAACACUGCAGUACAUCUAGCUGUGGAGGUUGGGGACUGGUGGAUUUUUGCUUGUCUAUUCGCAAACAAACAGGUAGACUUAAAUUUGCCAAACAAUAAGCAACAUACUCCACGAGAACUUUCAAUCAUCACUAUUCCUACAGGAUUGUACUGCCUGGUGAACUCAGGAAUAUUGAUACAGCAAGCACUAAUAUAUACCAAUGCUACACGAGAUAUUUGUCGGCAUGAUGGCAUCGAGAAAGACUAUACUCCAGUAGCAGCAGAGGAUGACAUAAUAAUAUCAAAUUCAACACAAUUUCUUGGCCUUGGCUUAGUGCUAAUUACGACGAUGGCCUUUAGUGCUACAUUUACAUUGCCAGGGGGUUACAGAGCUGAUGACCACCCUAACGGAGGAACACCAACUCUGGCUGGAUUGAAACAAUUUCAGGGAUUCAUGAUGGCCAACACCUUAGCACUUGUGUGCUCAUCUUUAGCCGUCAUAAGUCUCGUGUUCUCUGGAACACCUACGGUCGAGCUAUCCAUGCGCCAGCAGCACUAUAAUAUAUCCAUAUGGUUAUCUUGGAAUGCCAUAAUAUCCUUGGGGAUAGCCUUUGCAAUUGCUGUAUACAUCAUGAUCAGUCCAAUUGCUUCUGAAACAGCUAUUGCGGUCAUUGUGGUGUUCUUUUCAGUUGGCAUCCUCCACCUGCCCUCGAUAGCUGGACGAUUCUGUAAAUUUUCAAUAGUCUUAUGUGCUAGGAUAGGAAUACUGCCAAUAGUAAGAUCUGAUAUCUCUAAGGUCAUGUUGCUUACAUUUUGGCCACUCAUAGUAAUCUAUGGCUGGCAGGAAUAUGCAUGGAGGCAUCGGUGAUUUGACCAAGAGGCACUAGAAUGGCACUCGACAUGUGAACAUGUCACCAUUGUUGUAACCAUGACCGUAUGGAUUGUAUGAAUUUAUCCAAGACAAGUAUUUGUACGUUUUGAAGAUUU